AUGGCGUCUUCCAAUCUUAUGCUGAUGUACAAGGCCUUCACUGGUGGCGACAAUAUGAUGGACGGCCGCCAAUUCGCCAAGCUUUGCAAAGACUGUCAAAUCGUUGAGAAAGGGAGUCUCAGCGUGAACGAUAUUGACAUUAUUUUCGCCAAAGUACGCUCUCGAGGCGAACGCAAGAUCGAAUUCGGCCAAUUCAUGGAAGCCCUACAGGAGGUGGCUGAUCGUCUUGAUAAGCCUAUCUCCUGGGCUAAAGAAAAG